AUGGUGCCGGCAGCUACCGCCAAGUACGAUUGGAUUCUUGCCCUUACCACAAUCGCCUUUGUGUUCAGUGCCUUCGGAAAUGGAGCAAAUGAUGUCGCCAACGCUUACGCCACUUCGAUCGCAGCUCGGACCCUACACAUGGCCACAGCAGGUGUCCUGGCCAUCAUCACGGAAUUCAUUGGUGCCGUGGCAAUGGGUGCCAGAGUCACAGAUACAAUUAAAAAUGGAAUCAUCGACGUUAAUAGAUUCGAGGGCAAACCAGGUGGUCUCAUGCUGGCCAUGGGCUGCGCCGAGAUUGGCAGUGCCUCAUGGUUGAUGUUUUCCACAAUUGUUGGCUUCCCCGUGUCAACGACCCAGACCAUCGUCGGUGCCCUCAUCGGUGUCGGUUUCGCAUCUCAGGCUUCAAUCAGCUGGGCUUGGGAAAAAGGAAGUGUAUCUCAAGUGGCUGCAUCAUGGGGCAUUGCUCCACUUAUCGCUGCUGCAUUCUCCGCGCUUAUUUUUGGAACCCUCAAGUAUGCGGUACUUGAGCGACACGAUUCGUUCAAAUGGGCCAUGCGUCUCAUACCAUUCUACCUGGCUAUGACUGGUGCCAUCUUGGCUCUUUUCAUUGUCGUCGAGGCCCCAACUGCACCUUCUCUGGAAGAAUUCGGAGCCGGCAAGGCGGCUGGAAUCAUCCUCGGCGUCUUCUUUGGCUGUCUUCUCGUCGCUUAUGUCUUCUUCGUCCCAUAUUUCCAUCGCCGGAUCGUUAAAAAUGAUCCCCAAAUCAGAUUCUACCAUGUUCCUCUCGGACCCCUGCUUUUGAGAGAAGAUCCGCCUCUCUAUUUCCCCAGUACUAGGGAAUCAGCAGUUACCAGCUAUUACGAAGACGCUUAUGGCGAGGUGCGAGCAGGACAGAAAGACAUGGCAAAGAACCAAACUACUACAAAUGCGGAUUCUGUGCUUCCUUCGCCUGAAAUUGCACCAAAACAACAAACCGAGCGGCCCGAUGACGACGAAGAGAAGAAGUUGGAUUCCACACCUACUCCAGCAAAGAAGCCGCGCAAGAAACACCUUGAGCCGAAAGAAAGGUAUCUUGACCCGAUUGAGAACCUCUCUUGGACCGAUCCCAAAAGGUACUGGGGUUAUACCAAGUGGCUGCUUCUGCAGGGAGUGACAAGGGACGUUGUCACUCACGACUCUCCUGAACUACGCGCCAUCCACGCCCGGGCGCAUCGAUACGACGAUCGGGUAGAGCAUCUAUGGACAUAUUGCCAAGUCGUGUCAGCCAUGAUGAUGUCAAUUGCACACGGUUCGAAUGAUGUCGCUAACGCUGUUGGACCCUGGGCUGCCGUAUACAGCACCUACCACGCAGGUGUUGUGGAAACCGAAGCCCCGACACCAGUCUGGUUUCUCGUCGUAGCUGGAUUACUUCUGGGUCUCGGGUUCUGGUUCUAUGGGUACAACAUUGUCCGCGCGCUUGGUAACAAAAUCACCCAGAUGUCCCCGACUCGUGGUUUCAGUGUUGAACUCGGUGCGGCUAUCACUGUACUACUGGCUUCAAGACUCGGUCUCCCUGUUUCAACUACCCAAUGCCUCACUGGUGCCGCGAUGGGUGUGGCUUUAAUGAAUUAUGAUCUUGGAGCUGUCAAUUGGAGACAGCUAGCUUUCAUUUUCGGUGGCUGGGUUCUGACCCUUCCUUGCGCAGGUCUCAUUUCUGGAUCGAUCUGCUUGAUGGCAUUGAACACACCCCAUUUAUAG